ACCCCCCAGACGUUGCAACUGCUCCUCCGCACCAGCAGGUGGCAGCUCUGUGAUUAACAGUAGCAAACAUCCUGCUGUGUUCAGUAAUCCAAGAUGUCUGCGCCCUGGAGGAUGGUGCUAACGGCGUGAGGAUACAGGACAACUGACAGUUGGAUGGAUUCUCGGUUGACUUGGAGGCAGAUUUAAGGAUUUCUACACAGACCAGAAUGUCAAAGAUCUCCAAGGCAGCGAAGGCUGUGAAGAAAGUGGAAGUAAGCAAUGUAAUCCGGGCUAUAGUGAGGUCAGGACAAGCGGCCCCUGGUCCCCCGCUAGGCCCCAUCCUGGGACAGAGAGGAAUCCCCAUCGGGCAGUUCUGCAAGGACUUCAAUGAGAAAACCAAAGACCUGAAGGAAGGAAUCCCUCUCCCCAUCAAGAUCCAUGUGAAGCCUGACAGAACCUAUGACCUGAAGAUCGGCCAGCCCACGGUGUCUUACUUUCUCAAGCAAGCAGCGGGCAUCGCGAAGGGGGCCGGACAGACAGGCCACGAGAUAGCGGGGAUGGUGUCUGUGAGGGCAGUGUAUGAGAUUGCCCAGGUGAAAGCCCAGGACGAGUGCUUCAAAGUAAGGAACACCUCCCUUGAAAACGUCGUCAAAAGCAUCAUCGGCUCGGCCCGUUCUCUGGGCAUCAAGAUUGUCUAUGAUCUCCCAGCUGAUGAGUACAAAGUCUUCCUGGAGCAGAGAGAGGAGAAGUUGAAAGCUGAUGCUGCAGCAGCAGCUGCAGCUGCUGCAUCUGAAUCUUGGUCUGGCAAAAAGAAAUGAAGACCUCCAACGGCUGAUGUUAACCCCCACCCCCCACACCAUUCCUGUUUUUACUGAAAACAUAAACUACGUUCAUGCAAAAGUAACUAUUAAUGUCAUGUGUGUGUGAUCCGAAUAAACUGUUGUUAUUUCA